AUGGCUUUAGCUGCUCCCGCUUUCGUUCCAAACAAUCGCCAUGAAAGAAUAUGGAAAACUAUAUCCAACCAAUUGUUUCUUAAUAGAGGAUUCACUGCUUCUCCCUCUCAAUGUCGUAGAAAAUGGUAUUCAUUAAAAUAUGG